AUGGUCUUGGGUCAAGCGUUCGCUACGAUUGAGGCAAUCACGCUGAUGUCGAUGUUGGUGGAGCGCUUUGAUUUCGAACUGGUGGACCCCAAGAAGGAACCCGCCUAUAUUCCUUCGCUGACCAUGCCCAUGGAUUGCGGUCUCCCUGUGCGCGUUAUCCGUCGCAACCCCAAAGCAUAG